ACCAGCUGUUGUGAUCUCGCGAGAUUUGUGGCUCUGGAGAGACUUUGGAUGGGAAGGAGAACUUUUGCACGGGAAGGAUCAGUGUUGUUGGAGUGUCAAGGAUAUUACGGCUCAUAUACUUUGCUUUUCACCUUUCAACAGUCAAGAUAUCGGACUAGUGUCGAUUUCUCAUCUACAGCACAUUUCCCACAAGAAGAGAUGAGCUUUUUAUUUGGAAGCCGCUCAUCAAAGACGUUCAAGCCAAAGAAGAACAUUCCCGAGGGCUCACACCAGUAUGAGCUUCUGAAGCACGCGGAGGCCACGCUGGGCAGCGGGAACCUGCGCAUGGCUGUCAUGCUGCCCGAUGGAGAGGACCUCAAUGAAUGGGUGGCAGUCAACACUGUGGACUUCUUUAAUCAGAUCAACAUGCUGUAUGGGACCAUCACAGACUUCUGCACUGAGGAAAGCUGCCCACUAAUGUCUGCUGGACCCAAGUAUGAAUAUCACUGGGCCGAUGGAACCAACAUAAAAAAGCCAAUUAAAUGUUCAGCUCCGAAGUACAUUGAUUACCUGAUGACUUGGGUCCAAGAUCAGCUUGAUGAUGAGACACUUUUCCCUUCAAAAAUAGGGGUCCCUUUCCCAAAGAAUUUUAUGUCUGUGGCCAAGACCAUUUUGAAGAGACUCUUCCGUGUUUAUGCUCACAUCUACCAUCAGCACUUUGACUCGGUCAUCCAGCUGCAGGAGGAGGCGCACCUCAACACCUCCUUCAAGCACUUUAUCUUCUUCGUUCAGGAGUUUAAUUUGAUUGAUCGGAAGGAACUCGCGCCCCUUCAGGAGCUGAUUGAGAAGCUCACAUCCAAGGACAGAUAAAUCUGCUCUUCCCAUCAACAUCAUCUCCAAUUUCUCUGUACAGGCAGCCUGGCUUUGUUCUCUGUGAUUGACAGGUGUGUGGGAAGGUUUCCUUCAAGAGUUGGGAAAAGGCUGAUUCCAAAAAAAUAACAAUAAAAAGCCCUUCAUAAGCCACAACUCAACCAUAGGUCAAAAUCAUAGUGGAAUUGUACUCCUUUUGACAUCAUCUCACUCUCAAACAUGAUCUAAGUGCCUGAUAUGUCCAUUUUCAAAAUUGCUCAUUUGUAAAAAAACAAAAA